AUCUUGUUUCUAUCAUAUUCACAGUUCCGUUCCACGUUAACACGCAUGUAUUUUUGUUUUACAGCUCGCGAACGUUCUUUAAACCGCUUUUCCCUCGGAUGUGCGCAUCAACGAUGAAACAAAUAUGGGCGAGUGUACAAAGUGUUUCCAAACUGAAUAAGUAACACAGUGUGUUGCAAAACCCUGUAGUUUCCCAGUCAUGUACUGCCACAUGCUGCAAUAACAGUGCAUUAGCAUCAUGUCAGCAGUACUGGGCAGAAAGAAGUUUGUACAGAUAACGGCUGCUGCUGUAUGAAGGUUCCAGAGUCGUGUUGCUUCUUUUGAGGAAGACACAGAGUCCUGCACACCAUGAAUAACACCAGCACUUGCAUGGAAGCUCAAAGCCUUGUGGCUUCUGCAUUAACCCCCAUGUUGAUCUUGGACUUCAUCUUGGGCUUGCCAGGAAACAUAUUAGCAUUAUGGAUAUUUGCCUGCAAGGCUCCCUGGAAGACAUCCACUAUUUGCUUCCUUAACUUAGUGCUGGCUGACAUCAUGUUGCUCAUAGGCCUUCCUUUCCAGAUUGACAGUUUGGUCCGCGGAGGCUGGAUUUUUGGAGAUUCUUUUUGUCGCAUCAAUCUUUUCAUGCUGUCAGUCAAUCAGUCAGCAAGCAUCUUCUUCAUCACUGCAUUGGUGGUGGACCGCUUUUAUAGGAUAGUUCAUCCGUUACAUCAGAUUUGCCGCAUGAGCACUCAGCACACAGUAAUGGUGGCGUGUGGUGUCUGGGUGGUUGUGGUGGCCUUUCGAAUUCCACUGCUAGUGACCCGGAUAUUCAGAACAUCUGGAAACUCAUUUCUUUGUCAGACCAUUGACUUAUGGACAGAGUCUGGAACAGGCAUGAGGGUUCAUAAUAUAAUCUAUAUAACUGAGUUUGUGCUUGCCUUUGUAUUGGUGGUGUUUUUCUCUGUGCGCAUCUUAUACCACAUACAAGGUAACAAAAGGCUCAAAGAACAUCGCAGAGUGAAACGGACAAUCUACUUACUUCUAGUGGUUGUGAUUAUGUUCACAUUCUGCUUCUUGCCAGGAUACAUCACUGGACUUGUGGCUUUUUUCCUCAGAGACGUCUCAUCUUGUUCACCAUAUGUAAGCGUGGGUCAGAUGUUUAGUCUGUCUUUAGGUCUAGCUUACCUAAACAGUGCCCUGGAUCCAAUCUUGUAUACUUUUUCAAGUGCACGCUUCCGGGACACUCUGAAGGGAGUAAGCAACUCAACAGGAGUCACCAACUUCAAACUGAGUGUGAAAGAAUCCAGAAAACCAAGACGACCCUGAGGAAAUCUUAAGAUAAGCUGAGGAAUUAAUAAAUAGUAAAUAAAUGACAGAACAAUGAAAAGCACAUUCACAAACAGUUGGUUGAUCGCCAGUUAAUACAUUUUAUACCAUGGCCACAGAAAAUUCUAAUUUCUGGUUGGCUGGCACAUAUAUAUUUAUUCUUUAUGCAUUUGCAGCAUUUAGCAGAUGCUUUCAUUUAAAGAGACUUACAAACGAGAAACAAAAUGCAAGCUGUUAAGACCGCUUGAUAAGGGAUCCAAGCGUGGCAACAGGACAGUGAUGGGGCUUGAAUUAGUGACCUUCUGAUAAACAGUUUAGUGCCUGCUGAGCUAACGCUACCCCUAUAAAGAACAACUGUAAAGAUCAUAUGGUCAGAAAUGUAACCGCAAUUUAAAAUCAAUGUGCAUGAUAGAAUGUAGACAUUUGAG